CGAGGGUUCCUCGGCAAAAGCCUGCUUUUGCAGCUCCCCAUCCAACGCGGGCUCUCGCACCUGCGCCGCGCACACAGCUGCGAGGGAGCUGAGCGAAUUGAACGAUUUGCCGCAACCGGAGGGCGUCCGAGAACCACGCUUGUCGGGCUGGCGGGCUGCCCGGGCAGCAGACAGUCGAGACAACAGGCAGCCCACCAUGCCCACCGCCGCCUUCAAGGGCCGGCCCCAGCUGCGCGCAAGUUCAGUAUGUGUCCAAAAUGAGUAUAUUAGAGCGCAGCAGGCGCACACCCAGAUGGCUUUGAUGCGCAUUCGAAGGCGCAAGCCGCACGCGGACCGCCAGUACUCCUUCGAUCAUAGAACACCGGACGAGCAGAUCCACCUUUGGACAAAAAGAAAAAAACGAGAAAUGCUCGAGGACAAACUGAGAAUUAGGGACGAGGAAAACGCGAGGACCUUCCACAACAUCCAGCACGAUCCGCCGAAAUUUCUGACAGGAGGGACCUGUCGGACGGACAUGCCGACGUCGACCUGGGGCAACGGCAUUGACAUGCCCGGGCCGACUCCUAAGGAGUACCGCGAGCAUAAAGUGAAUAAAGUGAAAGAACUGGACAGUGAGAAGUGGGCCCAAGUAAAAAUGUGCAAGCGCAUGGUCAAACAGUCAAAGCCCUGGAAAGGCCUUGCGCGGAAGGAGCUCGCGAAGCACGCUGAGAAAUACGAGUAUACGAAGCGUAGCAUGGCGCUGACGGCGCCGUCCGCGCGGCUCUCGAUCAUGUCGCUACCCUCUGGUGAAAGUAAAAGGUUGGAGCAUUCCAGAAAAUCGAAGCAUGCUUUGCUGGAGAAGGCUAUGGGGAGGACGACGCGCGCGUCGCGAGUUGCCGAGUUAGGAAGAUUUCCCUUCGAUCGUGGUUUAAGGACGCAAGGGAGGCCUCGAUCCGCUAGACACAUCGACGAAUGUCCUUUAUCUCCACCGCCCGGGUCGCCGACCGGCCCGGUGAUGACUAUUUGUCACACCGACACGGGUUUGGACGCGUCCGUCGCGCCCGCGGCUUUGUGCCGCGUCCCGAAGCCCGUAGCCCUGCCGGUGGCCGCACAUAACAUGACGACGGCCAUCGACUGGACGCCUGUCGACCCCGUGCCGCCCUACGAUCGGGGACGAGCCAAGUUCGCCGACGCUUCAGAACAGGAGCUGUCGACGGCGUCCUUCAUAUCGAUGCGAACAGAAAAUGCGGAGGCGGCGCCCGUGGGCUGGGCCUACCCGAGUGCGCCCACCGUCGCGGGCUCGUAUCGUCGGUUAGAUUUGAAGCCCGCGCCCGACCGGUCCGUGGGCGGUUUACAUAGGACGCUGAAGCGGGACGUGCGGCGCGACCCGAUUAUUAGUGUUACGGUGACGCACCCGACGAAGGGCGACACGCUCGUGACGAAGGCCGUGCCCCGGCCGGUCUACGCCUACCCGACGAUCUCGGGUAACGUCGACUUUUAGUUUUUCUGCUCCGAGUCGACGCCGUCGACGCGACUUCCUAG